GCGAGAGAUCGCCGACGGCGUCCUUCAGCUCGAUCGUCGUCGUCUUCAGAAAUUUCAUUUUAUGCCUCAGUUGACAUUUGGAAAUAUGAAUAGAACUCAACUUGCAAGGUUCGUCCAUUUGGUUUGGAGAAUUUGGUUGCAUUGAUGCGGUGACAGCAAAGUAUGAGAUCACAAAUAGUGCUGUUUGGGGACUCCAUCACCGAGCACUCUUUCGGAUCAGGGGGAUGGGGUGCUUCUCUCGCUGAUAAUUACAGUCGCAAGGCUGACGUAGUGCUCCGCGGGUAUGGUGGAUACAACACUCGCUGGGCCUUGUUCCUUUUGCAUCACAUUUUCCCUCUGGGCUCUGCAACACCUCCUGUUGCUGCCACAAUCUUCUUUGGAGCUAACGAUGCAGCUCUUUUUGGGAGGACGAGUGAAAGGCAACAUGUACCCAAGGAAGAAUACAAGGAAAAUCUCAGAAGAAUUGUACAUCAUUUGAAGGAAUUCUCUCUUACCAUGCUAGUAGUGAUCAUAACUCCACCACCUGUUGAUGAGGAAGGACGCAUGGCAUAUGCAAGAUCUUUGUAUGGUGAGAAAGCAAUGGAGCUUCCAGAAAGAACAAAUGAAGUGACAGGAGUGUAUGCGCAGCAGUGUGUUGAAUUGGCAAAGGAACUGGGUAUUCCCUCCAUCAAUCUAUGGUCUAAGAUGCAGGAAACGGAAGGUUGGCAAAAGAAGUUCCUCAGUGAUGGCUUGCACCUGACACCAGAAGGCAAUGCAGUCGUCCACAGAGAAGUUGCGCGAGUUUUUGGUGAAGCAGGGCUUGCUGCUGCAGAAAUGCCAUACGAUUUCCCUCAUCACUCGCAGAUUGAUGGGAAGAACCCUGAAAGGGCCUUUCAGAUACAAUGCUCGUGAUGUUAUUGAGUUUUGGAUCCUAAUGAUGGGAACUUCAUUUCUUUGAUUAUCCAUUGACAACCCAAAUGUCCAUUUUAUGUUGAUUCUAUUAAUAUCUGAUUAAUUAGAACCACAAGUUGUGGCUUUGCUGUGAAUCAGAAUCUUCAUUCAGCUGGAUUGUGAUUUAGAACUAAAAUUUGGUAUCCAAUGGAUGAAACUGAAACUGAAACUGGAAUUGGAAUUGGCCAACUUGAGAGCGUUUUUAAUGGUCCUAUUUGACUCUAUGAGUAUAAAUUUAUAACAUUUUGCCAAAUUUCUUUCUUUAGGAUCAUCAAAUUAUAGCACAUGGCAAGAUAGAGGC